CGUAUAACCGUCGCAGAUUACAUACAUCUCUCUCCCUCCAAUUUCUCUCCACGCUCCGCGAAGGAAUUUUUUGCUACGAAAAGCAGAUUCUAGGGUUUCCAGAUUCCAUUUCACGGCAAUGCCUCUCGAGUGGGUUGUUUUAGGCUACGCAGCGGCUGCAGAGGCCAUCAUGGUCCUCCUCCUCACGAUCCCUGGCCUCGACGGCCUCCGGAGGGGCCUCACCGCUGUUACUCGCAACCUCCUCAAGCCGUUCCUUUCGGUGGUGCCUUUCUGUUUGUUUCUGCUUAUGGACAUCUAUUGGAAGUACGAGACGCGGCCGAGCUGCGAGGGUGACUCCUGCACUCCGUCAGAGCACCUCCGCCACCAGAAAUCUAUCAUCAAGAGCCAGCGAAACGCGUUACUGAUCGCCUCCGCUUUGAUUUUCUACUUGCUCCUGUAUUCGAUUACUAAUCUGGUAGUCAGGAUCGAGCAGCUCAAUCAGCGGGUGGAGAGGCUUAAAAGAUAAGUGCGUUUUGUUUGUUCAGAUCUUAUAUGUUGAUCACAUCGAUUAUAAUGAUGUGUCUUUUAUGGUUUCUUGUAUGUGUAGUUAACUGAGAUGUUUAAUUUGGGUGUUGAACAACAGUUUUGCUUGGCUUCAAGACGCAAGCUUUUGAGUCUCUGAUAAUGAUGUAUUGAAUAUGCGGGAGACAAAUCUUAAUGGGAAAAUUUGGCUCUGUUUUGAUGUU